AUGUUCCAAAAAAUAAUGUUCUUUCGUCAUGGAAUUGUUGUUCGUCGAUUUUUUGCCAGCAAAAAGUUUAAAAUUGAUCCAGAAUUACUGCAAAAAUUAACCGAUAAAAUUGAUGAGGAAAAACCAUUUGUUCAUGUUCGUGUGGAAGAUUUUUCCGAAUUAUUUCAACAAAAUGGCCAUGAAAUGAAUCGGAUGAAAAUUGAAAAAAUAAUCAACAUUUAUGAUGGAAUGAAAUAUAAUCUGGAUCCAGUGCCUAGUAAAUUGACCGUUGAAGAUGUUGAAAAUCUUCUUCAAUUGACGACAUUAAGUGAUAUUCAUCGACAGAUACGUAAACUUCAUCGAAAAGAAUUACAACAGCUGUUGAAAGAAGAAUUGAAAAAACAAUUGAAAACAGAAAUCAAACAGCCAGUAAAAGAUGAUAAAAUUUCUGAAGAUCGAUCUGGUUUGUUUGAUUCAGAUGGCAAUUUAACCUAUGGCUUAUGGCAUAAUUCAUUGUUCACAAGAGUCAAUCCAAAAUUACGACGAUUAUCAUUGGAAAAAUUUCGUCAUGCUCAUUGUUUUGGCCAGAAUCUAUUCAUUGAUUGUAGUUAUUCAUCAUUUUUAUCACAACAUUUAAGUGUACAAGUAGUCCAUGAUCUAUCUCGUUUAAUAUAUUUUAAUCUAAGACAAUUGAAUGACCCAUUCAAGAUCAUUAUAUGUGGUAUUGAUUAUGACCAUUAUUUAUGGAAAUCAUUACAACAAUUAUUUCCAGAUAUAAUUGAAUCAAUUGAACAUACAGAAAAAAAUCUAAUGUCAUUAACAACCGAUUCGAAACAGAUUGCCUGUUUUACAUCAUUUGAAACAAAAACACCAUUGGAAUAUAAUCCAGAUUGGUCAUAUGUAUUGCCAGCAAUACCAGAACGUUUAAUGAAUCGUGAUAUUAUUACACCAUUAUUGAAAAAAAUGAAAAUUCAACGUAUGGGUGUACCAAUCGAUCGUUAUGUUAUUUGGCAAUCAGGAUCAAAACGUCUUUCGUUACAGCAAAAAAUUCAAAUCCUUAAUGAUAUACGUUCGAAAAAUUUUGAUUGGAAACGUUCGAUAAUUGAUCAUGUGCAACCGAAAUCAGGCUUGAGAUAAGAUUUAGUUUUUUAUUUUGAUUUCAAUAGUCCAAAUCAACAGAUGGCAUUAUAUUUGCAUCAAGUGUCACAUGCAUUCAUGCCGAUAUAUUAUUGUGGACUUGACUUGUUUUCUCUCGCAACCAUAUUAUACAGUGAAAAAUUAUACAUCGAUAUUUUGAUGAUAAGAGGAAAAAAAAUUAGUAAAAGAGAAAAAAAAAUGAAGAAAUCGUUAUCAACCAAACAACCGAAAUAGGUUGAUUGUUUAUUUUUUUAUUUUUUUUAACGAUAUACAUAAUUAUAUCCAUUCAUAUUGACUUUUUUCACCUCUAAAAAUGAACAUGAAUGAUUGGCCACUGUGUGUGUGUGUGUUUUGAUUGAAUGAGCAUCGAUUUCUUGUUCUUCAUUUUAAUGAACUUUUUUCCUUCGCCAAUAAUAACCUCAAAACGUCAGCGAUUUUAAA